CGUAGUUAAAAAUUUACCACCUACAAUAUUACAUAAAAUAAUUAAAGAAAUGGAUUCAGUAGAUUCACUUCAAAAUAUUUCUGUUCAACAAAAACUUGAGUUAACAGUGGAGAUUGUUCGAGUCAAACAACUUUUAAAAGAUCAAAAAAAUGAAAUCAAAAUUUGGAAAGAUAAUUACAAUCAAUUAUUAAAUGAAAUAAAAAACAAACAAAAUACUAUGCUAAAAGAAUCUCUGAAUGAUAUUUGGAAUAAUAAUUUAAAAUGA